UGGCGUGGGGCCGCGGGGCGGGGUUGCCGGAGCCCGAACCGGAGCCGGAGCCGGAGCUAGGUUGGUCGGUUUGGACCUGCGGGGAGAGGCCCCGACGGUCCGGCUUGGGAUGCCCCGGCCCUGCCCCCGCCCCCAUGGAGCUGAAGGUGUGGGUGGACGGAGUCCAGCGUGUGGUCUGCGGCGUCUCGGAGCAGACCACCUGCCAAGAAGUGGUCAUCUCCCUGGCCCAAGCCCUAGGGCAGACUGGCCGCUAUGUGCUCAUCCAGCGGCUCCGGGACAAGGAGCGGCAACUGCUGCCCCAGGAGUGUCCGGUGGGGGCCCAGGCCACAUGUGGACAGUUUGCCAGCGACGUGCAGUUCGUUCUGCGGCGGACAGGGCCCAGCCUCGCUGAACGGCCUGCCUCGGACCCUUGUGUGCCCCCAGAGCGCUCCCCUGUGCGGGCCAGCCUUCCCCACAGGCCCUGGCCCCCUGCCCCACGUGAGUCCCACAGGGGCUGGCCCCCCAGCCCUGCCAAGGAGGAUGUAAGAGGGGAGCUGUGGGGCCUGGAGCACCUGGUCCACAGCAAUGAGGCUGAGCUGGGUCAGGAGGGCUUCUGGGCAGAGGAGCUGCGGAGGGAAGUACAACAGGAGCUGGAGCGCCAGGGCCGCAUGCGGGAAUUGCAGGUGGCCACGGAGGAAUGCGCUCGGAGACUUCGAGAGCUGGACGCCCAGGCCCAAGCCCUGGAGGAGGAGAUCAGCUGGAGGCGGAGGCAGAGACAGCAACAGCAGCAGGAAGUGCUUGGCCCCCGAAGGCCCCAGGACGAGGCUGUGGCUGCCCGGCUGCAUAGGGAUCUGCAGACCCAGGCCCUGCAGAGUGAGCAGCUGGAGAGCAGCUUGGCCAGUGUGGGCCAGGCCCUGGCGGAGGCCGAGCAGAGCCUGCAGGCCCAGGCCCAGGAGGUGGAGGAACUGAACCGGGAGCUCCGACAGUGUAACCUGCAGCAGUUCAUCCAGCAGGCUGGGCCAGCACUGCCCCCACGACCCCAGGGCUCUGGGUCCAGCCAGGAUCCUCCGGCCUCGCCAACAAACCCAUCCCAUUCCUUCCCGAGAUGUCCAGCGUGAGCCCCAAAGCCCACGUAAGUCCUCUGCCCCUGCCCCUUAAGGAAGAGGACUUGGAGAACCCAUGUGCCCACUUGUCUGGCACCUUCCUCUCAUUUGGCCUCAUCGGCUCUCACGGUCAUCUCUCAGCUCACCUGAAUACUGAGGACAUGCUGAAGAUGGUCACUGUCAGGCUGGGGGACUCAUGUCCCAACCAUCCAGCUGGUCCCCUUCUCUACCUGUGCUGCACUGGUCAGAGAUGAGUGAAGGAUCACUGGGAAAGACGGACUUGGACCAGGAGGAGAGUUUUGGUGCCACUCUGCCAGAGACCCAUGGACAGGCUGGCCCAGGCUCCUCUGACUAGAGCUCACUUCCCCUUCCAUGUGGCCAGUAAACUCCUGGAGCGGGGGCGGGGCGCUAUCUCCUGGGGUGGCCUGGGUGUAUCCCUGCUGGGGAGUGUCCUUCUCUCCCUCACUGUGUGGAUCCCCCUGGAAUAAAGGCACCCAAAGUA